AUGUUGUUGUUUCCUUCUACUUCUCUGCGUCUCUUCUUCUUUCUCUUCCUCUUGUACUCCUCUUGUUUCUUGCAAAUUAGAGGAGCUGAUGAUGAUGAUGAUAUAAGCGGUGAUGAUAUCAAAGUCGACCCGAGUCUCAAGUUCGAAAACCCGAGUCUUCGACAAGCCUACAUUGCUCUUCAAUCAUGGAAACAAGCUAUUUUCUCUGAUCCUUUUAACUUCACUGCCAAUUGGAAUGGCUCUGAUGUUUGUUCCUACAACGGUAUCUUCUGUUCUCCUUCUCCUUCUAGUCCGAAAACUCGAGUUGUUGCGGGUAUUGACCUUAACCAUGCGGACAUGGCUGGUUAUUUACCUCGUGAGCUUGGUCUUCUCACUGAUCUUGCUCUCUUUCAUCUCAACUCAAACCGCUUCUGUGGUGAAGUUCCUAUCACCUUUAAAAACAUGAAGCUUCUCUUCGAGCUUGAUUUAAGUAACAAUCGUUUUGUUGGGAAGUUCCCUAAUGUUGUCUUGUCUUUGCCUUCCCUCAAGUUCUUGGAUCUUCGGUACAACGAGUUUGAAGGUGGUAUCCCUUCGAAGCUAUUCGAUAAAGAGCUUGACGCAAUAUUCUUGAAUCAUAACCGGUUUCGGUUUGGAAUACCCGAAAACAUGGGAAACUCUCCGGUUUCUGCUCUUGUUCUUGCGGAUAAUGAUCUUGGAGGUUGCAUUCCGGGAAGUAUUGGUUUAAUGGGAAAGACUCUUAACGAGAUCAUCCUCUCUAACGAUAACUUAACCGGUUGCUUACCACCGCAGAUUGGGAAUCUCAAGAAUGUGACGGUUUUCGACGUCAGUUUCAACCGUUUAAGCGGUCCAUUGCCGUCAAGCAUUGGAAACAUGAAGAGCUUGGAACAGCUCAAUGUUGCUAACAAUAGAUUCACAGGAGUUAUUCCAAGCAGCAUUUGUCAGCUCUCUAACCUUGAGAACUUCACUUACUCUUCCAACUUCUUCACUGGUGAUGCUCCGAGAUGUGCGGCUCUUUCGGGAGACAAUGUGGCGGUUGAUGGAUCGAUGAAUUGUAUUGCUGGUAAAGAACGUCAAAGAUCGUCUAAAGAAUGUUCUUCUCCAGCCUCACGCCCUGUUGAUUGUACUAAAUUUGGAUGCAACAACUUUUUCUCUCCACCACCACCGUCUUUUAAGAUGUCACCCACCGUCCGAGUACUUCCUCCACCGCCUCCGUCUUCCAAGAUGUCGCCUACAUUUAGAGCAACUCCGCCACCGCCGUCUUCUAAGAUGUCUCCUACUUUUAGAGCAACUCCGCCACCGCCUUCUUCUAAGAUGUCACCUACUUUUAGAGCAACUCCGCCACCGCCUUCUUCCAAGAUGUCGCCUUCCGUCAAGGCCUAUCCUCCUCCCCCGCCACCGCCAAAGUAUGAGCCAUCUCCACCUCCUCCUUCUUCCGGAAUGUCACCUUCCGUUAGAGCAUACCCUCCACCACCACCAUCUCCUCCUCCACCAUACAUCUACUCAUCUCCUCCUCCGCCGUCACCAUCUCCUCCUCCACCAUACAUCUACUCAUCUCCUCCACCACCUCCGCCCGUAGUUAACUGUCCACCCACAACACAAAGUCCCCCACCGCCACCACCUCCAAUAUAUGAGCAACCUCCUUCACCUAGGGAAUACUAUCCAUCACCUUCACCACCUUACUACCAAUACACAUCUUCAAGGCCACCGCCUACUUACUACGCCGCUCAAUCUCCACCGCAACCGCCACCGGUCUACUAUAGACCGGUUACACAAUCUUCUCCUCCUUCACCGUUUUACUAUUCACCUAUUACUCAAAGUCCUCCACCACCACCACCGGUUUACUAUGCCCCGGUAACACAAAGUCCACCACCACCACCGGUCUACUAUCCACCAGUUACACAAAGUCCACCUCCCCCACCAGUUUAUUAUCCUCCAGUAACACAAAGCCCUCCACCACCACCACCAGUCUACUAUCCACCGGUAACACAAAGCCCUCCACCGCCAGCACCGGUCUACUAUCCACCGGUAACACAAACCCCUCCACCGCCACCACCGGUCUACUAUCCACCAGUAACACAAAGCCCACCUCCACCGCCACCACCAGUUGAGUACCAUCCACCGGCAAGCCCAAACCAGUCUCCACCACCACUGGAGUAUCAAUCACCACCACAAAAGGGAUGCAACGACAGUCAUCACUACCAAACACCAACACCACCUUCUCCGCCGCCUCCAUCCUACGAGGACACACCUCUUCCGCCAAUCCGCGGUGUCUCUUAUGCGUCCCCUCCUCCACCAUCAAUCCCAUACUACUAAGUUUAAACCAUGCAUUUAAACUAGUGGUUAACACGGACACUAGUCACAUACUCACAUUGAUCAAAAUUCUUUUGGCUUCGAACCUAUUUGUGUCUUUUGGUUGAUACAAGACAUUCGAGUUAUUUUUUUUCCGAUGAAUACUUUGUUCUUUUAUUUCUUGAUUAAACAGAGAAUAUGGAGUAUAUAGUUUCACUUAUUUUCUUAUUGGUUACCCAAUCUUUUAUAUGUAUUUUUUUCUACAAUAUAUAAAUAAUUAAAUAUACUUUCCUUCCACAAAAGCCUCUUCUCGCUUUAGAAGUUCACGAUUUCAAACAAUCUCUCAUCUUUAUCGCGAUUGCUUAGUCGAUA